AUGUCGGAAACACUGCCGAAUAACAAAAAACAAGUUCCAAGACAGCUGCGUGAAAGGAAGCAACGCAAGCUUUACUCUGAUGAGUGGGCCCUGGGCGAUGAUGAAGCUGAAGGUGGCCGGGGCUUCUCUCUGGCUGACAAGCUGGAGAGCCCUAGAUUCGAGCACACCGGUGCUGUUCUGGAGAUGCAUGGGGCUGACCUGACUGUGUCCUACCUCCAGAAAAAUGGAUUUACAACUCCGCUGCUUUUCAAAGAUAAGAAUGGAUUGGGACUAAGGGUCCCAACAAGCAACUUCACGGUGAACGAUGUGCGGAUGUGUGUCGGCUCCCGACGCAUGCUCGAUGUCAUGGACGUCAACACACAGAAGAAUAUCGAGAUGAAUAUGAAGGAUUGGCAGCGUUACUACGAUGAUCCUAACAAGGAGCGCCUGCUGAACGUGAUCUCGCUGGAGUUCUCCCACACGCGACUCGAGAACUACGUGCAGGCGCCACGCAUCGUGCGCCUCAUUGACUGGGUCGACACCGUGUGGCCUCGCCAUCUCAAAGAUCAGCAGACUGAGUCAACCAAUGCCCUGGACGAUAUGAUGUAUCCCAAAGUACAGAAGUACUGCCUGAUGUCUGUAAAAGGCUGCUACACAGAUUUCCACAUCGAUUUUGGAGGUACCUCUGUAUGGUACCACAUUUUGAGAGGCGCAAAAGUGUUCUGGUUGAUCCCACCCACUGAGAAGAAUUUGCAGCUAUAUGAAAAAUGGGUGCUAUCUGGCAAACAGUCUGAUGUCUUCUUCGGAGAUACGGUUGAGAAGUGCAUCAGGGUUCAUUUACAAGCUGGGCAUACAUUCUUCAUCCCGACUGGUUGGAUCCACGCUGUGUACACUCCCAGCGACUCCCUCGUGUUCGGCGGUAACUUCCUGCAUCAGUUCGGUAUUGAGAAGCAGCUGAAGAUAGCCCAGGUUGAAGAUGUUACCAAGGUGCCUCAAAAGUUCCGCUACCCGUUCUUCACGGAGAUGCUCUGGUACGUGCUGGACCGGUACGUGACCGCGCUACUCGGUCGCUCGCACCUCGCUCCCGAGGGACAGUCCUCUAUUACUCCCCCGAAGGAACAUAUACAUCUUACGCAAAAUGAGCUGCAUGGACUCAAGGCUAUAGUGAUGUAUCUGCAUCAGUUGCCAGCGGCUCGCAAGUCAGUCCCGGAGUUACUGUCGGACCCCAUCGCGUUAGUGAAGGACGUGCGAACUCUGGUGGAACAACAUAGACAUGAUAAACAACAACUUGCUAUUACUGGAGUGCCUGUGCUCAAAGGGCCGGACGACGUGGUGACGACGGAGCGGCGCCAGUCGAGCGGGCGCGGCGGGCGCGGCGGCGUGCACCGCGGCGGGCCCGCGCGCCCGCGCCCCGACCACGCCAACAACGCGCCGCGCAGGAGGCGCACGCGCUGUAAGAAGUGCGAGGCUUGUCAACGCACGGACUGCGGCGAGUGUGUGUUCUGCCAUGACAUGGUUAAGUUUGGGGGACUCGGCAGAGCCAAACAAACUUGUGUUAUGCGACAGUGCUUACAGCCCAUGCUCCCAGUCACAGCAUCCUGUGCAGUUUGUCACCUCGACGGGUGGAUGCAGACACCGGUCGCGCCACAAGCUAAAGGCAAUAAUGGUCGCAACGGUCCGUCAACGCUCCGCGAGUGUUCAGUAUGCUACAGUAUCGUGCACCCGGCGUGCGUGCCCCCCGGCGGACAGAUCAAUGAGGACCUCCCCAACUCUUGGGAGUGCCCCACUUGUACUACUAUGGGACUUAACCAUGAUUAUAAGCCUCGCCACUUCCGUGCACGUCAGAAGUCAUCGGACCUCAGGCGAAUGAGUGUGGGCUCCGAUGUUGGACAAUUAAAUCACAGCUUGCAGAAUAAAACGCCGGCUCCUACGACACAAUCGCAGCUGAAGUCCGAGGCUGGGUCUGACAACGAAAGCAAGAGUGAUGUUCCACAUAUCAAGUCGGAGGAAGAAAUAAAACGCGAGGAAGAAGGUAACCCAGGUCCAGAGGGCGAAGGUUGGGAGCCGCCAAUAAAGAAGCGCCGCGCCAGUGACGAGGACGAGGCGCCCAAGAAACAGGCGCUCAGGGCCCAUCUGGCGCUGCAGCUUACACAUCACUCCGCUAAGAUAAUGAAGAAACCAAUGUACCCGAUCCGUCCGGCGCCGAGUAUGGGCGUGGCGUGCAACCCGGCCGGGUCGCCGUGGCUGGACCGCGAGGCCAUGCUGUGUGUCUUCGCCAAGCUCACGCCGCACGAACUCGCUACGUGCGCACUCGUCUGCAAGGCGUGGGCUGAGUACUCGAUGGAUCCCUCGUUAUGGCGCAGUAUGUCAUUCGUGCAAGUCCGUGUAUCUGCCGCCCAGCUGGCUGGUAUUGCUAGGAGACAACCGUUAUCUCUGGGUCUUGAGUGGUGCCAUCUAGCUAGGAGACAACUUGCAUGGUUACUAGCCCGACUGCCAGCUUUGCGGUCGCUGUCGCUGGCCGGCUCCCCAGCCGAGGCCGCGCUGGCUCUACGGUCAGGUGCAUGUCCACCACUAUCAGCGUUGGACUUAUCAUUCGCGCGUGCACUGGACGACGCCAAGCUCCGCGGUAUCCUGGCGCCGCCCGAGUCGUGUCGUCCGGGCGGGGACACGACCCGCGCUGAGCCUAGCCGUCUCGCUGCACUCGCAGUGCUACGUCUGCCCGGGACUGAUAUUACUGAUGUCGCUAUGCGAUAUGUUGUCCAGGCGCUCCCCCGGCUGGUGGAGCUGGACGCGUCGUCGUGCGCGCGGCUGACGGACGCGGGCGCGGCGCAGCUGGCGCACCACGGCCUGCAGCGGCUGUCGCUGGCUGGCUGCAGGCUGCUCACUGAGGCGGCGCUGGACCAUCUGGCGCGCUGCCCCAACCUUGUCAGACUGGAUCUCCGACAUGUGCCUCUGGUAUCAACGCAGGCAGUGAUCAAGUUCGCAGCCAAGUCGAAGCACAACCUGCACGUGAAGGACGUCAAGCUGGUGGAGCUGCGGAAGACCUGA